CUCUGUAUACAUUUCGAAUCUCCUUCUCUCUUCAAACAAGUCUUUCAAAUCAAGGAAUAAUAUUUUGUGUGCUUUAUCAAUUGAUGGUGUUUUUAUUUGGAAUCUACUGAAAGGUACAAAAAACAAGAUGAAAAUUAAAGAAUAUGGAUUUUUUCUUUUACACCUUGGGAUAUUGCUAGUGCCUUCCUUAGGAUCGGGACUAGAUUGGGAACAACAAGGAGAGGAUCAGUGGCAUUAUGAUCCAGUCAUAUCUUACAACGCUGGACCUACAAAUAAUAACCAAGGUUAUUCACAGCAGAACCAGAACAAUAGAGGAGCAAACUGGAAUCCGGGAGAUUCUCAGCAAAAAGAUUCCGCAGCUUGGGAUAGCGGUAGGAAUCAACAACAAAACAGAGGAUGGAAUCAACAAGACACCCAGCUUAAGGAUGACGGAAGAUGGAACAAUCAGCCAGAUAACAGAAACUGGGGCCCAUCAGACACGCAAUUUAAAGAUGACAGCGUAUCAAAUGCAGUUGGAAACCAGAGACCAGACCAAACGUGGACUCAAGGUGGUGAUAGUCAAACAAAGGACACUGCUAAUUGGGGCGCAAGGGGUGAAGACUCGAACAGAAUGUUUAGACCUGAAGACACUCAGUUUAAAGAUCCUGGCUCUUGGUCUAAUGAAGGAAAUGAUAUUUCUGGUAGAAAUUGGAGAGAAAAUGAUGCUCAAAGAAAGGAUUCAUGGAAUGCUGAUGGAAGAGGUAAUUGGAAUCCUGAUGAUUCUCAAAUAAAAGAUUCGGGAAACGGAGGUGGUGAUUGGAAUAACAGAGACGAACAAGUAAAAGUAACUCCGGCAUGGGAUCAGGGGGUCAAUCAGCAACUUCCAGGGGCAGUUACAGGUGCUGGAUGGACACCUGAUGAUGGCAGUAAUGCAAUAACUGGAGAUUCAUUAGGACCAUCAGGUGAUUCCUACGUACCGCCAAUAGAUGAUUCAAUACAAGAUAGUUUCCCGAAUCAAGGACAGCCACCUCUCGAUAAUUCUAAUCGACCGGAUACUUCACCAGGUAUUAUUGAAAGCAAUCUCAGAGGUGACAGUGGUGGGGAUUAUGGUCAAAAUGUUCCAGAAAACACUGGGGGAUUCGAUGGAUUUCCAGCAAAUAAUGGGAGAGUUCCUCAAGGCAAUUACAAAGGGGGUGAUGAAGGAAGGUAUGCAGGUGAUGACCCAAGUCAGUGGCGUUUAGAAGAUUCUAUACCCGGAACUCCUGGUGUCGAUUAUCCAAACUACAACACUAUUCCGACUACAGGAUUUGAUUGCAAACAACAUGAAAAUCCUGGAUAUUAUGGUGACGUUGAAGCGCAAUGUCAAGUAUUUCAUAUUUGCCAAGCUGAUGGCCGCCAUGACGCCUUCCUUUGUCCAUUGGGAACUAUAUUUAAUCAGCAAUAUUUUGUCUGCGUUUGGUGGUUCAAUUUCAAUUGUGAUGACACAGCCAUGUAUUAUGGAUUGAAUGCUGAUCUGUACAAGGGUGGUCAUGGAGCUCAAGGAAACUUCAAAGGAGACUCAUAUCCCGGAGGAACGACAUCAGGAGCGGGAGGUCCUUUUACGACACCAACACCAGUAGAUAUUUCUGACAAUGGACCUGGUUAUGUAGGACCAAUAAACCGCAAUGAUUUGCCUGACCAAAAUCUUCGACCAGUUGGUGAUCGAGGUGUCAUUGGAGUACCAGGAAGUGGGGAUAUUGGACAACCAAAUCCAGAUCUCGGGGGAAACUAUGCACCAGACGAGGCUGUUGCUCCUAUUCCAGGUUCAACUCCAGGUUUCCAAAGGCCUACCGAGAGACCCGUAAUUAGCGUGCCUGGAACAGGACCUGGGACUGGCGUUACUUCACCACAAGGAGAUUCCAAUGCAUACGGACCAAACACAGAUGGAAAGAUAAAUCGAAAUGAAGGUAAGAAAAACUGGGGUCCCGAUCAAGGGUCUAAAAGGAACGAUAACCGAAAUGGAAAUUGGAACAAUAGGGGUGUUAAAGGUGGUGAUUGGGGUGAAAGUAACAGCAAUCAAAAAAGUCGAUUGUGGAAUGGUGCUGAAAACGAAUUCGGAAGUAGUUUAGAGAAAAGAUGGGGGUCUGAUAUCGAUGAUUCCGUGAGAGAAAGCUGGAAUGACCAGCGAGAGUCUUCCGCCGUUCAAGAACCUGUUUGGCUGAAUCGGGCGUACGUAUCAGAUGUUGAUGAACCCGUAUGGAAUAAUAAUCAGCCGGAAUAUGAUGAUGUUUUGGGAGCGGGAACUGCUCUCGUCUCCAGAGAAUCGCCACAAUCAAGGGAGUGGAGAUUAGAGAAUGAAGUUUCCGAUGUGUCUAAGGAAAAAACGACUUCUUCAUUGGAGAGAGAGCUCGAGGAUUUGAGUAAGGAAACUGACUUCAGCCGCAGAAAGAAGAAGACAGAUAACACCAAUACCAAUGAAAAGAAGAAAGCUGCUUUGAAAAAUAACACUAACAAGUGGUGGAGAGAUGCAAAAAUGUUUCUUGAAAAAACUGACAAGGUAUCCCACAAUUCAUCUUAUACGAAGCCCCGAGAGGAACCCAUUUUAGACAGUACUGACUCUUCACUAGGUGAUGUAAAUGUAUAUUUUGACUUGAACCGUGACUAUACAUCUGAUAAAAGUGCAAAACAAAGAAUAUGGACUCUCUUAUGAACAAAGUUUUAGUAUGCAUAUGCAUAAUUUGUGAUGUAAAUACGUAUUUUAUGUGAACAUUGUGUUAUUUUAAUUAUUAUUUAUUUUAUUGUAUGUAAUGUAUAUAUAAUUUUAUCAUUCACUUAUUUUAAAGUAAAAACCAUCAAACUGCUUUUAAAAUACACAUUCGAUUUGUAGUCAUAUUUUCCAACUAGCUUUUAACCCCUCUUAACCCGUUUAAAGCCUUAUCAUGAAACUCAAUGGAUAUAUGAAUGAUGUCUACAUCAAAACGCGGUAGUAAUACAUAAUCGCCUUUCAAAAGGAUACUUUUUACCGUAGCUUACCAUUUUAGCCUUAAUACAAACACUGAGCUUUGAAUUCAGCUAAACACAAUAAGUAUUUAUGCUAUUAAUAUAUCAUGGUAGUCAGAACUAUCUUGUUUAUGUGAAAUAAAUCUUAAUAAUGAAACACGUGUACUACCACAUUCUUCAUUUUUGAACAAAUGGAACAGUCCAUUUUAUAGGACACUAGAUACAAAUUGAUUAAAAUAGAGUAUUCUGCUUCCGUAUUCACAAAACAUAAUAUGUUUGGUAAUUUAAAGGUCAUAAAUAGGUAUCAAAGCAUUAUAUAUUCUAAAUCAAGGAUGAAGACAAAUAUAAUUAUUAGUAAAAAUGCUUACAUUUUUCAGUAGGUGUUUGAAAACAAUAUUUUAUGAUAUGACGUUAUGUUUUGUAAUCUAAAGGAAAUAAAUACGUUUGAAAGCAA